ACGAUACCAAGUUUAUAGCAAUGCGAGCUUUCUAUUCAUUCCGGUGCUGUUCCAAAGCAGCACGUGCACAUCCUCUUCUGCGACGCGAAAGCUGCCAUGGCGAGCGGCCCCUCCGCCGUUCUUACCUAUCGGUGAGGUGGCGCUCCUCGCGCCACCUCUUGCAACUGCGUGGGGUAUUUGAGAGGUGUCGGGGGCUCGCUUGCUGUAUUUAUUUUUCGCGGGCUUUUUGAGGUGCAGUGUUGUGAUUGCAGUUGUAGCAAACAGCGGUAUAGAAAAUUAGGCUUUUCGUUGUCCUCGAGGUGUUUAACGAUGUCAAAGGCUCGGCGACGGAAGCAAUCACGGCCUUACAAACGGAGUAAAAAAUCUAAAAUCCAACGAGCUCUCUGGAAGAAAAAGAAAUUAGUCGAAAAUCAAUUAACAAUAAACAAUGAAGUUACGAGGUUUCAACGCGUUAGUAGUACCAUGAUGCAGAACGGCAUGGACAGUGUGCCCCAGCAGAACGGCACGCUGCACACCAAUUCUUCAACGUCGUCGUCCAACUCGCACAACUCUUCGUCGCAAACGAACGCGGGCGGCCAGCAGGAGGAGAGCAAGACCAACCUGAUCGUCAACUACCUCCCGCAGACGAUGACGCAGGAGGAGAUACGGUCUUUGUUCUCCUCCAUCGGGGAAGUGGAGAGCUGUAAGCUCAUCAGGGACAAAGUCACAGACACUGACUCUGAGCCGUACUCCAGUUUGCUUGGUCGCCAAAGUCUUGGUUACGGGUUUGUAAACUACCAUAGGCCCGAAGAUGCCGAAAAAGCAAUCAACACACUGAAUGGGCUCAGAUUACAGAAUAAAACAAUAAAGGUAUCAUAUGCACGGCCUAGUAGUGAAGCAAUAAAAGGUGCUAAUUUAUAUGUGAGUGGACUGCCAAAAAACAUGACUCAACAGGACCUUGAGAACUUGUUCAGUCCAUAUGGCAGAAUUAUCACGUCGAGAAUUCUUUGUGACAAUAUUACAGUCCGCCAAUUUGUCAGUGGAGCUGGAGACAGUAUACCCUGUUUGUCGAAAGGCGUAGGAUUCAUUAGAUUUGACCAGCGCAUCGAAGCGGAAAGAGCUAUACAGGAGCUGAAUGGCACCAUUCCUAAAGGUUCCACGGAGCCCAUCACGGUAAAAUUUGCUAACAAUCCAAGCAACAAUAACAAAGCAAUUCCACCGAUAGCAGCAUACUUGGCACCGCAGGCUCGAAGAUUUGGUGGACCGAUUCACCACCCGACGGGCCGCUUCAGGUACAUUCCACUGUCACCACUAUCCAGCACUGGCAAGACCAUGCUAGCCAUAAACAAAGGCUUACAGAGGUACUCUCCUUUAGCCGGUGACCUUCUAGCCAACUCAAUGUUACCAGGAAAUGCUAUGAAUGGAUCGGGUUGGUGCAUCUUUGUUUAUAAUCUGGCUCCUGAGACAGAAGAAAACGUCUUGUGGCAGCUUUUCGGGCCGUUUGGUGCAGUGCAGAGUGUGAAAGUCAUUCGUGACUUGCAAACCAACAAGUGCAAGGGCUUUGGCUUUGUUACCAUGACCAACUACGAUGAAGCGGUUGUUGCAAUCCAGUCUCUGAAUGGUUAUACCCUGGGAAACCGUGUUUUGCAGGUUUCCUUUAAAACCAACAAGAGCAAAGCUACAUAAAAUGUUGAAGAAACUGUGUUGAAACCCACCACCAUAUUGGUAGGGGUUGUUCGUGACCAUGCUAGUCAGGCUACAGAAGUACUCUAAAGACUGCAUUUGUCUCCCUUCAUGUGUGUACUUAAAAAGUAGGAUAAAUAAUAUCCAGAACUAUUGCUGGAUACAGGCUAGUACUUAACAAUAAAAAGGUAAACAAAUGAAUAUAGAGUGUAUGUAAUUUGCAAAGCUACACUGCUCAUUCCUGCUCGGAGACAAAUGAAGUCUUUUAAAAAGUUAAUCUUUCCAGGUGUACUGUGGUAUUCAUACAGUUGAAUGUAUUUAAUAAAACAGCCAAAACUCUGAGCUAGUCAAGACUAGUGCAAGUCAUGUGUUCCCUGAAGGAACUGUUUAUUCAUGGCAAAUUUGCCAUAUUUGUGUUAUAUAUUUUGACAAAGAUCCCCUAAAUCUUAUGAGAAUUAUUUUAAGUUUACUUUCAAACAAUGAAUUUGUAUAGUUGACCUGGAUGUCACAAAUAUUUCCUUCAUUAUAAAGAUGUUUGUCACAUCGAUAAAUAUAUAUAUAUAUAUAUUAAUUUUAUAGAGUUGUAGUUAGUCAAAUUUUGCAUGAAUCGGUUGUAUUGAUAGUGUUAAUUUAAUUUUUCAUUUAAUUAUUUUCAAAAAUUGAGUCAAGAACUUCACGUUUUGAAGUCUGGUGGUGUUUUCACAAUUUUGUUUGGUAGGUAGUUAAUGUAAGUCACAUUUUAAUUUAUAUUGUAUGCGUAAGAAGAAUAGCUUGUAAUUUUUUUUUGUGCCGUAUAAGGCGUUUGUGUGUAAAGAUCUUUUAGGUUUCAGUUUUGCACUAACAUGCUUUAGUUAGGUAGACUAGCAUUUUUUUCUCGUGGUUUGAUUUUAUUUUUUUCAUACACAAUUUCAUUAGUUUGCUUUAUUAAAUUUUUUAUGGGUAACAUUUUUCUUUGUUCUUUGCAAUCCUGUAGGAGUUAAAACAUUGCAUCAAUAGUAGUUAACAUACAUAUUCCUUGUUAAUAACUGGUCAGCCUGUAGUGUCCUCAUUUAGUCCACAUUAAGUAGUUAAUUAUCUUCAGUUGAGUUCGGUGUUUGACAGUAAUCUCAGGCACUGUAUCCCUCAUUUCCCCCCACCCCCUUUUUAAAGCUUUUAAGGGAAUCGCACAGACUUGCACUGAUAAUACCAAUAAUUCAUAAUAAGUAACUAAUAUAAAUAAUUGAUAUAAAUCAGGUAACCAAGUAAAUAUGCUGCCCAACUUGAUAUGUCAACUUCCAUGAAAGAAAUUUAUUUUUAUAAGAACACUUAUCAAAUUUAACACAUGCAUUCCUAGUGGGCAAAUGGUUUAAAUGAAAGAUGAAAUAUACUAUACAAAAAUUAAAUAUCUUGAAAAUGAGAUUUUGUAUCUCAUGAUCAUCUUAAAUUUUCUAUAGUAUCAGGUAGUUUACCUUUCUCUAGGAGUUGUGAGCUAGAUGCUUGUCACUGAUAAGUACAGUGCAUGAGGUUCCUCUCGUGGUUUUUCACUGGAGGAGCUCCGUGGGUUACUCAACUGGUGCGGGCGUAACAGACGUCCCGAGUGCUCUCCCAAUUUCUGCUCAAUUACACACACUCCAUAUAUUUUAUGUGAAUUUGGCGAGAGCAGUUGACUAGUUUGAAAAACCAGUUGGAAUAUUGCAUUGUGCUUAUGGUCACACAUGAAGAGAGCAUCAGGCUCAUGCAACUAUUCAAGAAUUUUUGAAUACCAAAUUUUGAUGAACUUUUAUCUUUCAUGGUCACAAUUGUAAAGAUAUAAAGAAUGUGUGUGUAUAUAUAUAUAUAUUAUACUUUGCCUGAGAUUAGGAGGGAUAUAGAGAAAUCUUUUUGAUAAAAAACUUUAUCAUGCUGUUGAUAGGAGUUACUACAAAAAUGUAGAAUAUAAAAUAAAGUUCAGUCAACUGAAUGCAAUUUUCAAUGUUGUUUGCCCCUUGAUGAAUCAACGAAGAAAGAUGUACUUUAGUGUUACUUGUGAACAUUCCUGAUUAAAUUUAUAACAAUUAGGCCAUUUUAAUGUUGAUGCCAAUUUGAUGUAAUACUGUAAUUGCUUUUACAAGAUCCGUUAGCAUUGCAGGCGGUCUUAAAAAAUACCUGAAAAAUCAGGAGCUAUUACAUGUGUGGUUUCUAGAUUUUUCAGCAAGUAGCAUUUUCUCCCCAGUAUAGAGACUGCAAUGCAAAGUGGAAUGUUUUGUAUGAUACUCAAAUGAUGGUGCAUUAUUCCACUGAAAGCUAUAUAGAUAUCCACAAGGACAAAUUACAUUGUGACCUGCUGAGUGGUCAAAGUAUAUUUUGGGUUGUGGAGACAUGUUUUUGAAAAUUGCUGCUGCAUUUAUCAAGAUUGUGAUUGAUGCCUGUAUACAUUUACAGUAUAAAUGACUUUUGAAGCUUUAUAGAACGUGUUCUUAAUGGAUGCAAUUUUUGCUGAAGUGGUAUUUACUAAAUGUGGAAAAAACAGAAUUUGUUAACUUUCAUAUUUACUCAUUCUUCAUAUUAAAUAGUGAUUUGCUUGAUUACACAUUUUAAAAUACUCUUUCUUAUCUAUUAAUUAUCCUUUUUAACUAGAAUUAAGGCCACUCAUUUGCGGUCCAUUAUUAGAAGAAUAGAGUCGUAAAAGAAUAAAUGCAGUCGAAGAUGUUGGCUGCUGUGUCGAAGCACAAACUAUUGGGUUUACUAUAUCAAAAUAUCUACUGUGUAAUGGGAAGUCUUAAAACAGCAUGCAUUGGCCUAAUAACAAAUAAUGGUUACAUCUUUAACAUGGACAUUGCUACAGUGUGCAUGCACAGGUGAUUGAAGUGGACUGUUAUGUAACGUAGCUGAAAGUGGACCGCAAUUGAUUGUCUUUGGAUUGUUUCUAGGACUGUAUCUUUAUGUCGUGUAGUUCUAGGUUGUAAAACUUUAUUUAUGAGGGUCAGAAUUGUGCUGUUCACUGUAUCCUUGUUUCCCCAACACUGGAAGCUAAUGUUCUAGUGAAGAACUGAAAACAUGUUGUGACUAAGCAUUCCAUAAACUUUUAUAGAAGAGACAGGGGGUUUCUGAUCUACAGUACCUCAUAUGUAAUUGAUGCAAUAACUUAAAAAGUUCUUGAAGUGUAGCUUUAGAUUGAGUGAUGAUCAUAGAAUGCACUGAAGACUGGCCUGAUGGAAGCCUUCUACAAGCUGAACAUUUUACCUGAUAGCAUUAAUCAGAGGUUUCUAUCAGAUCACGAAACAAUGCACCAGUUACUUAGAUUUUAUUCUCUGCUCACUGAAGUAACAAAUUCAAAUUUUAUGAAUAUUGUUUUAGAAUUUUGUCAGUGUUUGUUACUUCCGUUGUGAGCGGCCAUUCUGGUUACAUACUCCCUACCUACCACCCAUCCACCCCAUUGUACCCAACCUAAAGUAUUUGUGAUCCUUUCUCCUUGCAUAAUAGUGAGUACCAUGGGCUGAUCGGUAAUGCUUUGAGCACAAGGACAUUUUGACAUAAAAGUGAGUUUGGUCAGUUAAAUAAUGUAAUUUCUCUAUGCUAAAUACUGUAUCGCAUCACUGUCGGACUUACGGUUAGGAGCGCCGUGCUGUUGCUACUGCUUUUAUCUUGCAGUGCGUGUCUUCAUUGCUUCUGUCUAGUGUCACGAUGCAUUUAGGUGUAUGUAUUUGAUGGGUUGUAUUUAUCCAAUGAAAUGAUUCAAUACUUAUUGAUUUUUCAUCUAGUUGUAGGUCUAAAUGGGUAGUUGAAGAAAGUCAGAAUGCAAGCCACAUUAUAGAACGAGGACUUGAAAAGCAGUCAGGUGUGGGGAGCGUAAAUGAUGGCGUGGGAGACACAAGGGACAGUUGAUGAUCUGAAGGACAUAUGGAGUUGGUGCAAAAUCAGCACUAUAGCUAGAGCUAGCUUUUACCUUAGUUGUCUUUGUGUUUUUGCUGUAAUUUAUUGUAUAUCUAGAAUUCAUUAAUGGGUUGGAUUUUGGUUAUCUUUUGAGUUCCAAAGGAGGGAAACAGCCAACAGAGGAAAGAUGCAGGGGAAUUUGAUUUGCAAGUAAAAGAAAAGUGGAAAGAUACUAACUAGAAUGGCCAAAUUCUAUCCCAUUUAAUUUAUUGUAUUUAUUGUUAAGUGUAACAAACUAGUCAGUUUUAUGUAUUUUGUUUUGAUGUGUGUAAAGAACUUGAUUUACGUGUGUGUAUAUCCUGUUCUGCUGUGCCACAGACAUUUCAUCUCAAGGAUCUCUUGUUGUUAACAGUGAUGUAGUGUGUGUUUUGUUCUAAUCCUCCAUAUAGUUCUGCUUCUAUAUUGCAAAUCUAUGUGGUGGCUUCUUUUAACAUUUUAAUAUAUAUUAUGAAACUAUUUAAAGUAGUAUAUUAUAAAUUAGUCCAUGGCUUCAAUUUUGUGUGAUAAAUGCUUUUCUUAUAAUUACUGUUAAUUACUUGAAUUAGUUCGUGACUGGCAGUGUUGUGGUGAGACUAAAUUUUUUAAGAUCUGGAAGUUAGAUAUGUUGCUGUUCUGUUGUGCACUAUAAUCAAUUUAUCCCCUCAAUCUUUUAAAUAACUGACAAUAAUGAUAAACUAAAAGUUGGUUCUAUUAUUUUGUGUUCCCUAUAAAAUAAAAUUUGUAACAAGACACUAAAAAUUAUAGAGAAUCUUUGAUAAGCUUGUUUUAAAAGCUAUGUUCAAUUUCUCUGGAAAAUAUUUGUAACAAUUGGUUUUAAUUCUGAAAGCAAUUAUUAGCAAGCUGUAUUUUAAUAUGAAAUGGAAAGGCAGCUGCAAACAAGGCAUCCUUGGUGUGUGAAAUGUCUCGUUUAGUUAAAUAGAGCAAACAAGUUGCUAAGUAUCUACUUUUGAGAGCAGCCUUGGCUGUUUACACCAAUUUAUUUGUUUCCCAUUUUCUCUGUCUCUGAAUACCUGACUUGAAUAAACUGACAGUCACUUAUUCCACAGGUUUUAGAGAUUGAUAUAUCUACUGUCAUGACAGUGGCAUUUCUAGUCAUCUUUGUAAUUAACUAUCUUUCCAUGUUUACAUUAAUUGUUACAAUUUGUUCAAUUUUGUAAGCAAGGAAUAUUUGCAUAUACGUAUGAUAUUUUAAUAAAUUAGUGUUGGACUAAGUGUGAUUUGUAAAAUAAUUGAUGGUAAUCCCCAAAAUUAAGUAGUGCUUAAAUGAAUUUUUUUUUUUUUAAAUGAUUGUUCUUUUUAAUUUUGGGACAUUACAGAAGAAUAAAAAUUUGUUGGCAGUAUUGCACACCAGAGGCCAUGUGUAAGUAGUUGCCAUACUAAUUCACUGUUGAAGAGUUUAGUUUUUCAGGUUCACAUUCAACAAAGUUACAGAAUAUAGUUGUUGAAGAUACCAAAGAGUUUUCAAGUGCAAUACAUUAUCUGCCUCCUAGGUGUUUUUGUUGAAAAAAAUAUACAUGCAGCUUUAAAUAAAAUGUACUAUGAAGUCAUUAAAAUCUAAUAGUUUUUCAUAAAAAAAAAAAAAACUAGAUGUAAGAACUUUUACAAAAUGCAAAAGCACAAUGUUACUAAAUCAAUGUGAUCACUUGCACAUGUAGUGGAUGUGUGCAUGCAAGACAAGUGCUUACAUUCUACAAAAUUUAUUCUGACUUAUCAUGUGACUGAGGGUAUUUGAGAGUGAUAGUAAGAAAUUACUUAACUCUACGGCUCUGGCUCCAUUGUUCAUACAUUGCUGUCAUAUUUUUCUUCCAAAACAUGUUGGCAAUAGCUCUCAUUAAUCAAUUCCAUUAUCUUCUGGAGAAUUUAUUUGUAGUAUGAAACUUGUAUCUUAAUUAUGUUAAAUGAAACAUACCAAGGGCCUUUAUCAUUAACUAAAUUUUGAAGAGUUAAAUAUUUUCGUAGUCUGGUGACUCAGAGUUGUCUAUUACAUUUACUAAUGCAUAAAUUAUAACUGGUGUUUACUAACUAUGGUCUUGAAGUUCUCUUCAGUAGUCAGUGGAGACAUGGCCUGUAACUGUGAUGCAUUAACUGCUAUUGCAUUUAGUAAUUUCUGAUAUGUUUCCUGAUUUAGAAAGCAAGUCGAUAACUUCCAAAGAGCAUACAGUUUUGGUGUUAAGUAUGAAGUUGCGCUAAUCUUGUGCACAAUGUGAACCUCAAAAAAAACAUAUAUUUUGAAAUAAAUUUUGUCAUCUAAAUAAACCUACACAUUUAUGAGAAAUUGUGCUUAAAUAUCUUUUGUAAUUAUUAUUUUGUAUAUCCACCUGUUUAAAAUACUUUAAACAUUCAGCAAUAUGCAUUUACUUACUGAAUAAAGACCAGGUGGGAGAAUUCUGGCUAAAUUAUUGGCCAAAAUUGUGGUAGUUUCAAUAUAAUAAAGAUGAGCAAACAAAACUUUCUGCCAUCUUUUCCACUGUCUCUUGUCUUACAUGUUAUAAAAUAAUAAAAUAUUUAAUGCGAAACAACAAUGAAAUUAGAUUUUUCAGCUAAACCUUGCAGGUGCAGGCAAUGUUUGUGUUCCAUAAUGUGUAAAAUCUAAAAAUUUUCAGCAUUUCUAAAAAAAAAAAAAUGUUCAUGUGUAAAAGAGAUUAAAAUCUGAAGGAAAAAGAAGUAAACAUUUUAAUUUUUUUUUUCUAGGAAUAGGUUAGUUAGACCUUUUGAUGGUACCUAAGUACAUAAAGUGAAAGUACAAAAAUUUUAAAUAUGUACUAUAAUGCAUAGUGUUUCCACUUGAAGCACAUACACAUCUGCUUCACGUUGAUGAUUGUACUUCAGGGCUCUUGACAACCCUGAGCCAAGAUAGGAACUGGUUACCCAAUCACUAGAGACCGGUUCAGUGACCUGCAGGCUGGACUCCAAAGUUCUACGUUUACUCCGGCAGAUGUCACCCACUGUCUUGUGAGACGUCCCAAUGUAGU